CGAGGCUACAGCUGCUGGAGCAGGCCUGCGCAGACACCGCCCGGAUGUCGGAGGCGCAGUCGAUCCAGGGCGACGCCCUCUCGAGCGGCCUGGUCCGGUUCGCGGAGGCAAUCGCGGAGCUGCGGGGGCGCCUGGGGGACGCCGGGCCCGAGCCGCCCGGCUGGCUGGAGCACGCCGUGGGCGCAGAGGCCCCCUGGCCGGCGCGGGCCCCGAGCGACGACGAGUUCACGGGCGCCCGCUCGCCCGAGGCGUGGCCGGCGGAGGGCGCGGAGUGGCUCGAGCAGGCCUGGCCCGCGGCCCCCCGGGCGGGGCAGCGCGGCGCGCCCG